AAUCUCGAGAGAUUUAGAAAUUUCAAGUCGAACCACCUGAUCAAACCUAUCGCGGCCUACGAACAAGACCAAGAUCGCUGUCUCCUCUUUCCUUGGGCAGAAGGGGGGAACCUGGCUCAAUACUGGCGUCGUACCCCUGGGGCUUCCUUGAACAAUUUCGAGCUUGCAUGGGUUUUUGGCCAGCUCACUGGCCUGUUUGAGGCUCUCGAAGAAUUGCAUGGGAAGAACUGCAGACAUGGAGACCUGAAGCCAGAGAAUAUUCUAGUAUUCAUCGAUGCGGACAAAAAUAAGUCACUGCAAAUCGCCGAUAUGGGACUCACUACUUUCCACGAGCUAGAAGCUGCGACCGGCAUUAGGAGAGCUCAUGAGAUUCUCACCUUGACGCCGCCGGGAACAUCUCGGUAUGAGCCCCCUGAGAUGGACAUCAACCGAAACAAGAAGCUACCCGCCCACGAGACUCGAUCGAGAGCUUAUGACAUCUGGUCCAUGGGAUGCGUUGUCUUGGAGCUACUCAUUUGGCUUGCUUGUGGCUUUGAGACCGUGAAAGCUUUCAGAGGUGGAACUGCGUACUUCUGGGAGUGGAACGAUGACGAGAAGAAGUAUUGUGUCGGAUCUGACACACGAGACCACAUCACAACUUUGGCUACGAAAUGGCAGGCUCAAUCAGCGUGGAGAGAACUUUUGGAGCUUGUCGAAUCGAGGCUUCUCGUCGUCGACGUAUCGAAGGACAGCAAAUCCAGCUCGCCUGAGUGUCGCGAGAUAGCCUCCGCAGCUCACAGGCAGAUGAGAGGAAUCCAGGAAAAAUACUACCUUGCGACACGCCUUGCUAAUAGUAUCAUAGUUUGUGAGUUCGCUGGAUUUGAUCUCAUGGAUCAACGAGCAGUUAACAUUGAGCCUGCACAGAAACAAAGUCAACUCAAUGACUCUUGGGAGUCUCUUGCUGACAAUGACUUCGCCUCCCAAGUCCUCGAGAAAAUUCAGUGGGCUCAAUCGGAAGCUUCGCUCACAGGAAGGAAGAUCUUUUGCUCAAAAUGCAGCAUCGUAUCGCCGCCAGAUUUAUUCCCUGCAGAAUUCAGACCAUCAGAGGCUCAAUUACACUGUGGUCUCUGCAGCAUACUUCUUAAUGCUCUGCAGCGAGUAUAUGAUAAUGUGCUUCCGGAAGUCGUGAAGCUACGGCAAACACUUACCGCAGUUUGUGUAGACGGCGGGCCAAAUCUUCUUUCGAUCUAUGUCGACCCUGGUGGUGAAAUUCCGAGGGGAAUGCAAGUCGGCCUACCGAGACUUCCCAUAAUGAACAGCCCAGACCAGUUCACUGUGUUGAACCAGUGGUUGCAAAGUUGUAAUACACAUCCCGAAUGCAACCGCCACACGGCCCAGCAGAACUUGAAGAUGCCAACCCGCCUUGUCAAAGUCACGACGCCAAUUCAACUUGUGAGCUGCAGUACAAUGGGGCCUAAAAGCUGCCAGUACAUAGCUCUAAGCCAUUGUUGGGGUCAGUUGCAGAAGCACGAACGAUUUUGCCUCUACACGGCGAAUCAUUCCCAACUGCAGGACCAUAUCGAUUUUGACCAUCUACCAAAGACCUUCCAGGACGCUAUCAAAGUUACUCGCGGUCUCGGCAUAGAUUACAUCUGGAUUGACUCACUAUGUAUCAUCCAGGACAAUAAGGAUGACUGGGAAAAGGAGUCAACAAAGAUGGAAGAGGUCUUUAGUGCAGCAUACUGUACAAUCAGUGCAGCCUCUGCCAGAUCUUCACUCGACGGCUUCUUAUCUAACCGUCCGCCCAGGCCAAGCGUUCUUGUACCGGUGAAGGGUUCACCAGACCUGUAUGUAUGUGCACACAUUGAUGAUUUUCAACAAGAUGUCGAAUUGGCAGAGAUCAGCAGGCGAGGAUGGGUUUUGCAAGAAAGAGCUCUAUCGAGACGAUCAAUUUAUUUCACCCCAACCCAGGUGUACUGGGAAUGUGGAUAUGGGAUACGGUGUGAAACCUUGUGCCGCUUGUAUAAUUCGAAGGCAGUGUUUUUGGGGGACGCCAACUUCCCUCAGUCUGCUUUGGAUCAUUAUCGAGAUGGGAGGCAGUUACUGAUUCAAGAUCUACACGAGAGGUACUCUGCGCUUGCAUUUACGAAAGCUUCCGACAGGGCCGUCGCAAUCCUUGGUCUUCAAACCAGACUGGCGCGAGCACUGCAAACUCAAGCCGCCCACGGGUCCUUCGAGAAGUAUUUCGCCAGGGGUAUUCUCUGGAAACGCGAUCAAGUAGUAGACAUGACGGCCAUUACCCAGUCGACGUGGCUUGUUCCUACUUGGUCGUGGUUCUCCAAAACGGGAAAAAUUCAGUAUAUGAACCUUGAGUUUGAUAAAAUUGAGUGGGCGAAUGAAGACUUCGAGAGCCCGUUCUCUCGCCAUCAAGACAUGCUCUCUGGAUCGUCAUAUUACGGUCGCGAUGAGGACUAUACUAUCCUUCGCGGUAUUGCAAGACGCAUGGACGUAAGUGAGCAGCAGAUUGCGUCAGAGGUUUGUUUUGACAGGAAGAACAAGUUCAAAGCCAAAGAUCUACGGGCUGUUAUAAUUGGCCGUGAUAAGAAAAGCCGCGAACCGAAAGUCCAUGUUCUUGUCAUCUGCCAAAGCCAAGGCGUUGCAAAUGAUACUCGGUAUGAGAGGGUCGGGGUUGCGUCUUUUUGUGAGAAGCAAGUUUCAAAGGAAUGUAUCUGGGUCGACAUUUAUUAA